GACCUCGCGUGCGGCAUAUGACGAAGUAUGAUGAAAUUAAAGAAGCUCUGCCAUUAAAAAAAGAAAAAUUUAGUGGAGGGAGUAGGUAUGUUUGACUGCUAAUAAAAUCCAAAGUCUGCUCUAAAAUCCCAAAUUUGCAGAAAAAACGGACGAAAGAAGAAACAUUGAAAAAGGAGGGAGGAGGGGUUUUAAUUGAUUUCGGCCAUGGCGACUCACCGACUUUUCAUGUUUAUACUCAUCUCCCUGCUGUUUGUUGGCAUAUGGCAGGUGGCAUCAUCUAGUGAAGCAGAAGGGACUGAUGUCACAGAUGACGGAGGGGAGCUUGGGAUUGUUGGAGAUGGUGUCCAAGACUUUGGGGAUCCAGUCCUUGGAACAGCGCCUGGAGUAGUUACAGUUUGUUUUUUCCCAAAGAGUUCUGAUAAAUCAAUUCCGGCAGGAGAAGAAACAGAGUUACUUGUUGGUGUAAAUAAUGAUGGUGAAGCAGUUUUAAAGGUGCAUUCCAUAAAAGCUAGCAUUCAUUGGCCAUUUGAUCACAAGCUAUUUGUUCAGAACCUUACAGUAAAGGAGUUUCAAAAUGACACUGUGCCUCAAUCUGCACAAGCAACAUUCCUGUAUUCCUUUGUAGUGAGCAAGUUUUUGCAGCCAGGCUCAUUUGACCUUGUUGGUAGCAUCUCGUAUGAGGUAGAUGAACAGCUAUUUCAGACUGUAUUCUACAAUGGUACUAUUGAAGUAGUUGAGGCUAGCGGCAUCAUCAGCAUUGAGACUGUAUUUCUCAUUACUCUUGGAAUUUCAUUCAUUGGUCUUCUUGGUGUAUGGGUACAAGGACAAAUACAACGCAUUUCUCAGAAAACCAAGAAGACAUCAAAAGUAGAAGUUGGGACCGGAAAUUCUGACAUCGCAAAUGAAUGGUUAAAGGGAACUGCAUUUACACAAAAACCUACAAGCAAUUUAUCUGCCUCACACAGGUCAAAGAAAAAGAAAUAGAUGCAAAUUACAAUUGGUUAUUUGGGUAAAAGGGAAUGAUCAGGAGCUAGUCGUUUAAUAUAGUGGCAACUAUGGGAUGCAAAAAGGUAUAUGUUGCAGUUCAAAGAGUGUAGAAAUUUAAUGUUAGGAGGUAUAUGUUUUGAGUUAGACUACCAAGCUGCUCUCAUUUGCUUUUGAAUGCAAAAGUUGGGGGUAAAAGAGAUUUCUUACAUUCCAACAAAAGUUUCUUGUAAUGUUAUGCAGUCCGAAUUUUCAUAAAAGUUAUCUUUCCUGAUCUGGUCCCAAUGUAUUCUGUUGACGUUUAGUGCAAAAGGCCCUUAUUUUUAAAAAUUUAAUUGUGUUAUUGAA